CUCUUCUUCCUCCUCAUGCUGCUGCAGCCGCUCAGAGCACAGGCGGACGCACGAUGGACUAGAGCUCAUCACGCUGAGGACCUUUUCAGUCUUUUUGGGGAGGACGGAGUCGAGAUGCCGGGGACUUCAAGUUGCCCUCCCGCGACAGCUGCGCUCGCUGCGCUACUGGUGUGUGUGUCAUCUUUCAACGUGGACCAGAAGAACGGCUUGUCCUUCACUGGCCCGCUGGAGGACAUGUUUGGCUACACCGUCCAGCAGUUUGAAAACAGCGAAGGCAAAUGGGUUCUGAUUGGAUCGCCGCUAUCGGGCCAGCCGGCGAAACGAACUGGCGACGUCUACAAGUGUCCUGUGGGCAGGGGGAACAGCACAUGUGUGAAACUGGAGCUGCCAGAAAACACCACCGUUCCCAAUUUACACGAAGUCAAGGAGAACAUGACCAUGGGAACCACACUUGUGGCCAACCCCGGCGGCGGAUUCUUGGCGUGCGGUCCUCAGUAUGGCUACAUGUGUGGUCAGCAGCAGUACAUCUCAGGGGUUUGUGCCAAUGUUAGCUCGUCCUUCCAAGUUCUCAACUCGGUGGCGCCGGGCGUUCAAGAGUGUUCAAAGGAGCUUGACAUCGUGAUCGUCCUGGAUGGCUCCAACAGCAUCUACCCGUGGACCAGCAUCACUGAUUUCCUGGUCCGCUUCAUCGAGAACAUUCAGAUUGGACCCAAACUUUCGCAAGUGGGCAUCGUGUCCUACGGCGAGACGGUAACCCACCGUGUCAACCUGAGCCAGUUCGACAACACUGCCGACCUGCUAGAUUUCGUACGCGAGCUCCCGCAACAGACCGGCUUCAAAACAAUGACCUUCCUGGGCAUCGACACUGCCAGGAGGGAGGCAUUCAUGCCGGAGAGAGGCGCGCGACCUGGCGUCAAGAAAGUAAUGGUGAUCGUGACCGACGGAGAGUCGCACGACUUUCACAACCUCAAGCCGGUCAUCAAAGACUGCGAGGAGGAUGGCAUCGAGAGGUUUGGCAUCGCUGUUCUGGGCGACUACAACCGACAGAAUAAGAGCGCCGAGGAAGUGCAGAAGUUCAUCAAGGAGAUCGCAUCCAUUUCCAGUCUGCCACUACGCGACCACUUCUUUAACGUGUCGGACGAGUUAGCUCUGUUGACCAUUGUGGACGCGCUGGGCAGCAAGAUCUUUGCCCUGGAAGCUACGACAGGCAAUUUCACCUCAUCCUUCGACAUGGAAAUGUCGCAAGCCGGUUUUAGCGCUCAUGCUUCCAAAGAAGGCUUACUACUGGGAGCGGUGGGAGCAUACGACUGGAACGGCACGGUCAUCGUGCACGUCAACGAUGGAGCCGUUUAUCCGGAGAAGAACCACUUCUUUGACCCUGAAAGGGAAGCCGGCUAUGAAAGACUGGCUGGUUACCUCGGUUAUGACGUGCAGUCGGCAUCCACCCCCGACGGGGUGCUGUACAUCACGGGGGCGCCGCGGUACAACCACACGGGCCGCGUCGUCAUCUACCGGCUGGAGGACAAAGAUGUUGUCGUCACGCAGACGCUGGGAGGAGAACAGAUCGGUUCGUACUUUGGCAGUGUGCUGCAGACCGUCGACGUGGACGGCGACUCGUACACAGACCUCCUGUUGGUCGGCGCGCCCAUGUUCAUGGGCUCCGACAGAGACGAGCAGGGCCAAGUGUACGUCUACAAGCUCAAGCAGGACGGCCGCUUUGCGUACGAGUUCACGCUAAAGCCCGUCAACCAGUCGUGCUGCAGUGCCAGCUCGUCGGGCUGCGCCCACAAAAACGAGCCGUGCGGCGCCCGCUUCGGCACGGCCAUCGCCGCCGUUUCGGACCUCAACCUGGACGGCUUCAACGACGUGGCCAUCGGAGCGCCCUUCGAGAACGACCACAAAGGGGGCGUGUAUAUCUACCAUGGGGACAGCAAGCGGUCACUCAAGGAGAACUUUGUGCAGCACAUCCCGGCGGGCGGAAAUGACGACAAGAUGAAGUUCUUUGGUCAGUCCAUACAUGGGAUCAUGGAUCUCAAUGGAGACGGAAUCACCGAUGUGACGAUCGGUGGUCUCGGCGGGGCCUCGCUGUUCUGGUCCAGAGACGUGGCGGAACUCCGAGCCAACAUGUUUUUCGACCCUGCCAAGAUCAACGUGAAGCAGGCCGAAUACGAGUGCGAACACCUCGGACGCAAAUCUGUGUGUGUUACCACCGAAGUUUGUUUCGUCUACAGCGUCAAAUCCGAUAAGCAGAAUCUUAACAAAGCAGUGAUUCGCUACAACCUGACCCUGGAUGCUCUGCGGGCGAAAGCCAGGGCUUCUUUUCUCGACUUAGACGACAAAAGCGACCGACGGAUUUCCAGAACGGUCACCGUGGAGGACGAGAUGUGCGCCAAGGAGAUGUUCGUGAUGUCGGCACGACUGGACUUCCGGGACCCUCUCAUGGUGUCGUUGGACUUUAGACUGGCCGAUGAAGACCAAGGCCCGGUCCUGGAUGAAAGCCUGCCCACGUCCAUUAACAAGACGAUUCCCUUGGUAGACUGUGGCAACCACGAGCGGUGCAUCGCUGACCUCUCCCUCCGAGCAGAGCCGAGUGUAACGGGGUUGGUGAUCCGAGCCAAGAAGGACAAACUGGACGUGAACAUCCGCGUGAGAAACAGUAAAGAUAACGCCUACAACACCAAAGUGGUCCUCAGCUUCACGGCAAACAUCAACUACGUCAAAGUGGAGCCGGAAAAAGACUGCACUCUGAAUCACACCAAAGUGGAAUGUGCGGUGGGGUACCCCUUCCUGGGGAGCAAUGUGGAGGAAGCUUUCAAAGUGAAGUUUGAGGUGGAUCCGAAUCACAUUCAUCACAACAUCCAAAUCAACGUGACAGCUACGAGCGACAGUGAAGAGCUGACCUCCACCCUCAAUGACAACACGGUGCACAUCUCGAUCCCCGUCAAGUAUGAGGCCAACCUUGUGUUCACUGUGCGUCCGGUGGACGAGCACGUGGUGGUGAAAGAAGGCGAGCAGUACUCGGCUGUGUUCAAUGACACCCGCAUGAUCGGCGAGGAGGUCAACAUCAGUUACACAGUGGAGAAAGCAGGCGAUACGGUGACUCCUCCUCUUGAUCUGACGGUGACCUACCCCUGGCUGUCACCUCGUAACAAUUACUUGCUGUACUUGACGCACAUCGUCACCAGCCCGCAGAUGAAAUGCGACGCGGCCGCUUUGAUCAACCCUCUAAAUCUCAACCCGGAUGUCGUCAAACCCAGUCCAAAGAAAGAAACACUCGGCGUCUUUCUUCUGAGCUGCGAGAACCUCCCGUGUGCCUCAUUCAAAUGUUUCAUCCCAGAAGCCAAAGUCAGCCAGGUCAACGUUAGCUUCCGAGUGUGGAAGCCCACAUUCAUCAAGGCGGACUUUUCCAGUCUGCACAUGCUGGUGAACGGCACUCUGGCGAGCAGGAACACCGAUCUGUUUGUGCUGAUCCCCAGUGACAGCACCCGAACUGUGAAGAUCCAAGUCUCCAAGGAGAGCUUAGGGGGAAUCCCCAUAUGGAUCAUCAUCAUCAGCAUCCUCAUAGGUCUUCUCAUCUUAGCGCUUGUCAUUUUUGCUCUCUGGAAGAUGGGCUUCUUUAAGAGAAAAUCCCGGGAGUUCUCCAAGGAGGAUAUGAUGGAUUGAAGCUGACACGCAAAGAGGAAAUGAGCUCCGCUUCUGGAGUCACUUAAAAAAAAAAAAAAAAAAAACGCAGUGUGUGUGACGAUAACAUACUACGACUACCUUGGAGUACAAAAAGCCAUUCAACGGAGUCCACCACUUACACGGGCAAAGUAGAUGUUUGCUUUUGGACUGUUAUGCACUUCAAUUGAAAAAAAUAAUGCACUUUUUUUUUUUUUUUUUUGCUAUCAACAUCCAAAGUGGCCACAUCACCAUUUUUUAAUUUUAUUUUUACUGUACAGAGACUUUUAUGACUUAUAGCUGGUGCGUGGAACCCUUUUGCUAUUUCGCGUUCCAUAAAGUGUAUAUUCACGAUGACGCUCUCGGAAUUGCUGUUUAUGGUUAUUCUUCUGACAAAAUAACUGACUUUUGGGGGCGCCAACGUGCCUGAAAACUCACCACUUUUGGAUCGUGAUUGCAUCAUGGUGAAAGUGUAUGUAUUUUAGGGGGCCUGGACACGACCCAAAACUCAUUCGGUACCACCCCUUGGAAAGUUUAAAAGGAAAAAAAAAAAAAAGCAAUUGGUCCCACACAAAAUUGGGGGACAGUUGUCACUCGUUACAGGACGCAUGAAAAACUCUCAUGCUGGAAAUUGAACAGGAAGUCAGCCAGGCUGGGUGAAUUCCAUUAAAACGGUGUUUAGAAAAUUUUAAAAUAAAAUAAAAUAGUACCCUGACACCAGUUUUACUACUCAACAUGAAAAUGGGUGGAACUGUUUACCCUUACUGGUCGCACAAAAACGUCUCAAGAACACAUACUUGAUAUUGAACAGGAAGUCGGCCAUUUUUAGCUUGAAGCAACCAAUUUGACCGUGUGUGUGUGUGUGUGUGUGUGUGUGUGUGUGUGUGUGUGUAUAUAUAUAUAUAAAAUAGUGUUUUCAAGUAUGCUAGCGUCACGGCACAUUUUUGUCACAUCCUUUUUUUCUGUAUUUUAUUUUGC